AUAUAAAGAUAUUUGGUAUACUUUAGUGUUAUACAAUGUCAGUUAUGUGCAAAUCGUUCUUAUUCUCAUUAUUCAUUUUAUCAAUAUUCAUUACAAAAGAAACUACAUGCAUUCUAGAAUUUUCAGAUUUAAAAUGUUUAGAAAAAGGUGAACGAUGUGCAAAAAAUUUCUUUCAUCCAUGUUGCCGUGAUCUUGUAUGUAAACUUGAUGUACCAUUCAGUGGAAAAUGUGUAGAUUGUUUAAGUUUGGGCUCAGUCUGUAUAAAAGAUAGUGAAUGUUGUAGUAAAAGAUGUUAUUUCUUUUUUUGUAAACCACCCCAUGAAUAAAUCUACAUUUGUACAUCCCCCCAUUUUAAUCUGUUUGAAGUGAUGAGGAGAUGUGUUGUGUUUUUUCUUCUUUUUUUCUUCUUUUUUUUGAAGUCAAAGAAGUAUUCACUUCUAUUCCGUUGUUAUUCUAAAAGGGGUCUGUUGUCAAUAACUUUUCUGAAUAUUUAAAAUUAUACUCUAAUUCUCAUAACAUUUUGUUUGUUACUCUCUUUAUCGGAAGGGGGGGUUGUGGAGAUUAUAGUAAUUUUAUAUAGUUGAUGUUAUAUCUAGAACUUUG